AACUCUAAUGAGUACCAGCCAGCUAGUUCAUUUAUCAUUGCGCUGACACACACAGUAAGUCAUUGGACAGCAGCAAAUUAAGACGUAGCAUUAGAGACCUGCACGAGCAGCAAUUCAAUUAAGCCGAAGCAGCACUUCAACGCUUAUAAAAGAGAUUGAUUAGUGUAAUGGCACCGCCACCACCACCACAACCGCACUGCGGUGGACCGCCGCCAACGGGUCCGCCACGACGACCAUUAGUUAAAGUGGAAAUUAUACCGCCUUGGCGCCGACGCCAUCAUCACCAUCAUCAUCACCACCACCAUUCACCGCCGCCGCCGCCACCACCCAGUCAGCCAGUUGUUGUGGUUGUGCCUGGGCAACAACAACCGCCGCCACCACCACCAUACGGCAGUGGCUACUAUCCACCGCCACCACCACCGGGACCUGGUUCACACUACCACAAUCCGCCGCAUUAUUGAGCACAUCAAUUGGAUGAAAUUAAAGGGAUUUACUUAGUGUUUAAGUUCACUUUCGAAGGGAAUAGUUAGUAGAAGAACCUGAUGUGGUGAAAUAUGUAAUUAUAUACAUCAUUCUUUAUUGAUUUGUAACAAAUAUGUUGGCUUCAAUAUUUUAAUUAAAUAUAUUCUUUACUAUUUAGUGAAAGAAAUGUUUGUUUGUACUAUGAUAUAAAACGGUUUAUUUGUGGCCCCGGUGUUAUCAGCCUGUGGUUAUCAAGUGCCAUAAAAAAUUUAUCAGCGAAUUCCCUGUUUUCGUACGCGCUUAAGCUCAAGGGUUUAAUAAAAAGCUCCAAAACAA